AGCUCACUCUUUUCACUCUCUCGUGGUGUCUCUGAACUUAAAGAUGCCCUAAUGUUCUAUUCACACAAAACCCACUUUCUUCUUUUUCUUCAAAACCCUCUUUUUUAUGGAAUCUAAUUCUUAAUCUUUAAUUGGUUUUGUGGUUGGUUUCUUACUGUGCAUUCCUACAUUUGGUUCCAAAAUUCUGAUUAGCUUCGAUAAUGGCAAUCACCAAAGAAUCUACUCCACUUCCGGUGAUCGGUAAAGCUGGGAGAUACACAGUGUUCAUAACUCCUCCUGCGACUCCGAAAGGACCGAAAGUUACUGAAAGAGCUGCUUCGGUAACGCCAAAGUCGGAGUCUUCACUGAAGAUUGAGUCUCCGAAGAAGGUUGUUGCUCCUCCUCCUGUUCAGCCUCCCCCGCAGCAGUUCGAGAAGCCUGCAUCGUCUAAUUCGUCUGUGUUUGGGAUCUUCUGGAAUGCUGUUGCUAAAGUUCAGAAGGCGCAUUCGAGCUUGGAUGAGCAUUUGGCCGAUUGGUUUGGAUUGAAUCAUUCGAGGUAUCAGUGGGCGUUGAAUGAUUAUUAUGAAAGCAGGGGAAUGCAGGGGAAGGAAGAUGCAAAACCAAAAGAUCUUGCGAGCAAAGGUCAGACUGUGUAACAUGAUGCUCUUGGGACAGCACUGUGAUGUUGUAGAGGCUCUUCACAACUUAAUCAUAUUUAUGACAUAUGUAAGGACAAAAUGACGGCAGUUUUCUUUGGACACCCUCAACGGAUCUUCUACCAAACACCCGGGUGUUCGUUGUUGUAAUUCCUCCAUCUCUUAUACUGCAUCAGCCAACAGGGUAUGGUGUGUCUACUAGGCUCUGAGGUGUCAGCCAUCAAAUUCCAGAUGGUCUUCUUUUGUGCUAAGCAUCACCCAGUAUAUAUAAUAUUGAGAUUUCCCGAAGACAUCUGUGAAUAUGGAAUGCUUGUUAAAUUAUUCUAUAUAGCUCCUGCAAGAGAAAAUGUUUAGGCCCUUGUCUUCAUUAAGCAUAAAGUGUCUUCUUUUGUUUCUUUA